AUGCUUUUCCUCGACUCUCGUCGCCACCUAGCGGCGUCUACCCCAUCUCUCUGCUUUCCUAAGCCUCAAGGUAACCGGCGUCUCGCCAACUGGGUAUCCAGGAGCUCGCCCGACAUCAUGAGCUCUCCAAGCAUGUCAGACGAAAACAGCUUGGCCGAGUCGGCUUACGAGCUCAUCAACAGCACCGAUGGGGAGAGCCAGGAUGGCCGGUUGGCUGAGUCCGUCAGCUCACUCGACUAUCCCCGCACUGAUGACGUCCAGAGCCUCAACGGCUCCUCGGUCGGCUAUCAGAGCGAUACAGAUGAUGAGGCAGAGCAACAGUCGUCUAGUUCCUCUAUCAGAUACGCCAACGAGGCUCUCCAGAACCCUUCAACCCCACCUCCCACGAUUGGCCUCCAGUAUCCACCACCGGCCCAACAGGCGAAACUACCACAAUCUAUCGAGUUCUUCGAGGGGGACGAGGAGAAAGAUGGGCCCCUCUUCCUCGGGAAGAUAUCGGUGAAGCAUACGAUCCGAGAGUUCACUGAGGAGGAAACGGCGACUAUUGCGGAAGUCAUGAAUAUGUCUGAGGCCCCAAAACGUCUGGUCGCAACUAUUCGGCAGACCAUGUCACUUGACUUCCUCUCCACUCGAGAGCCACUCCGAGUCGUGUAUACUGGCAGCCAGAUGGCACGAAUGGAUAUCAUCUACAAGAUAUCCUCGGCUAUCUGCGCAUCAGUGGCCGAUGGCGGCAGCGACAAAGCUAUCAACCAAAGCACCGAAGGAGUAUUUAACAUAUUCCCCAUCUCCGACUUUGGUUCAAACAAGCUGCCUGAUGUCCACCUACUAGAGAGCUCUGGACGCCAGAUCAGGGUCGAGGAUUGCACUUCCGCCAAGGAAAUCAUCAUCGAGGGAGGAUCAUUCCCCGGAGAUACCGUGUACUCCCUCACCGUCGACGGGGACAAGACGUACAGGUCCCUGUUCUCCCCCAGCGGUUCCACCAUUCAACCGAGGUGGACCACUCUACCUCACAUCGCCAUAUUUUUCUGCACAGAGAACGAUGACAAGCAUGCUCAGAAUACGAGGGACGUGGCAUGGAAGUUCAUGAACCGACACGGCAUUCCAUCGAUCUUCAUCUCCAAUGAUCAGCCCUUCACGAGAGCCCCCGCGGAACAGUGGAGGGACAUUGUGGACCAGCAUGCUGUCCACUUGUGCCUCGAGUCACGAAACCCAGAGCGGCCUGACCUUUCCCAGCGGCUUCCCAUCGAUCUGCCGUCGUUCCUCAACAUUGACGCACGUCAGAUGAAUCGUAACUUGACAUAUUUGACUGGCCUCAUCGAGCAUCCGGACCUAACUCGUUCCGAAGAGACAGUCACCUCGCUAGUCCUGCCAGGAGAAAGGUCCUACGCAGAUGUACUCGUGCCUGAGCCUUUGACCUUCCUCUGCACAGCCCGACGAGUCGUCAGAGAGUAUAUUGAGAAGAACCCCCAGCUCAUUCCCCUGGCUACCAUAAUCCUCGGAAGUAUAAUCGCCAUGCUUCUCGCGGUCCUGGCAUCCGCUAUACAUUUCUCUCCUCUGCAAGGUACCACGAUAUCGACAGUUUCGCCCGGCUUUGUGCCCACUGUCACCUCCGUGGUGGCAACGAGAGCUCCUUCAACGGCGACAACCACCGUGGUGAUCAACAUCACAUCGACGAAGACGGUCAAAAUAUUCAAACCGGAGGCCUCAGCUAGUACCUUGGCCUCGGUGUUAUCUUUUGCCGGGUUUCUCUCCGACAAAGCAUCAAGCAGCGUUACCGAUGCUGAGACCAAGAUGCCCGUCUGCUCGGCCGAACGAUAUAGCAACACCGAGAUUCUGGUCAAAGUUCCACCUGGAAGCAAAACGUCGUGGGUCGCAAGGGGAGCAAUCGAUAUUGACGUGUAUCGAGGGGAGGAUGCUGUCAAGACCAAGAUCUCGUCCACCGAUGAGGGAAUCCUCGUCGAGAUUAACAAGAAGGAUGCCUAUGGAGUCCUGAAUCUCUCCGUCGUCACCACCAAGAAGCCCAAGAUUAACGAGACGUUCGAAAUCAACUUUGGCAAACCAAGCGUCGUGGAGGCUUUCGGGGCAAGCGUGCGUAUCUUGCAUGACAUUGCUAGUGAGGUCGCCAACGCUGCCGAUGAGGCGGGCCAUUACCUGUCUAGCCUUGCGGAAGCGGCCGACAUCACGGGAGCUGCUAAAGCUGCGCAGGGCUAUUCACAGAAGCUGGGAGAGUCACUCAACCUCGACAACGCAGCCCGGCUUCUAAAGGAUGCCCAGAAGCAAUUAUUUGGACAGCUUGUGUCACCAGACAAUUUUCGCGAGGACAUCGACUUCAGCAUCCUGAAGGCACAGGUUGCGUCGAAACUGUGGUGGCUCAAGGUUCAAGGCAAGACGGAGGAGCGCGCCGAAUACGAGCGCAACGCGGCGCAAUAUCUCCGAUCGAGACACCGGGAGAUGAUCCAAAACCGGAAGGCCAGAUCUCGGGACUCGUCUCGGGAGGAGAGCCAUCAGUCCAAGGACGGUAUUUGGAAGAGGAUGGUUGUCGGCUGAGAGCAGUGUUUUUAUUAUCUUUUUUUCUUCUUUUCUUUCCUUUUUUUUCUGACAAUUUCCUGCCCCCUUUUUAUGGGUGGACGGACGGGAGGCGACAACGGCCAAGGCGGUUUGAUAACAGGAAUAUCACUCUAGGAACAAGGGUGCUGGGGAUCUGGACCGGAGUUGAGUGGCUUGCUUGCUUUGUGAGGGGACGGAUUACAUGUCAUAUCCUCAUUCCCGAGAUAAUCCUCCACUAUCUCUAUUCUAUGCAUUUCUCGCAUUGCGUUAAGGACAACUACCUUAGGUACUCAUAUGCACCGCAUCCAACAGGUGAAGGGUUGAAUUGCCACAACUAAGGGGCCAGUGCCGUACGUAGACGGAGGAUAUCCUGAGGGAGAUGAUAAUUGCAGUGUUGACAUGUCUAGUGAGUUUGCAGCUCUUCCACUUUCUGUGCCUAUGUUAAGGGCUCUACUACAAAUUCCAUUGGGACGAAGGAGAAAAGUGGAAGAGA